AUGGGGUCUCAUUUGAAUUCUGUACGUAGCUUGCUAUGCAUGUUUGAUGCUACUUGUGAAGUUCUUGAAAAAAGCACUGAAGAAGGUAAUUUCUCCACUCGUGGUGAUGCUAAUGCUGCUUAUGAUGCUAUCACAUCCUUUGAAUUUGUCUUUGUUUUGCAUUUGAUGAGAAAUAUUUUGGAAGUUAGUCAUGAUCUUUGUCAAGCUUUGCAACGAAAAAAUCAAGACAUAUUGAAUGCUUUAACUCUGGUUUCUACUACCAAGACUUUAAUCCAACGAAUGAGAGAAUCAAGUUGGGAGGCUUUCAUAAAAGAAGUUAUAUUGUUUUGUGAGAAACAUGAAGUUGAGUUGCAAGAGCGUAAUGGAAGAUUCAAUGAUAAUAUGGUGGAAUUGCUUACUUUAAGUUCAACUUUAGAUCCCAGAGAUAAUUAUAAGUUCUUUAGUGUCAACAAAGUAUAUGAAUUAGUAGAACGAUUUUAUCUAGAUGACUUCAGUGACCAAGAGAAAUUUCACAUUAGAAUGCAAGCUCAACAUUAUGAACUUGAUGUUCCUAAUCAUGUUGAGUUAACUAACUUGUGCACAAUUUCGGAGUUAUGUCAAAGAUUAACGAAGACAGGAAAGUCUUUAACAUAUCCUUUGAUUGAUCGUUUGAUUCGCUUGGUAUUAACUCUCCCUGUUUCAACUGCUACAACUGAGAGAUCUUUUUUAGCUAUGAAUAUUGUGAAGAAUAGACUCAGAAAUAAAAUGGAAGAUGAAUUUCUUGCUAAUUGUCUUUUGAUUUACAUUGAGAAGAAGAUUGUUGAAAGAUUUGACACCGAUUCUAUUAUCGAUGAAUUUUAUGAUAUGAAGAAUCGACGUGUACCACUUCGUUAG